CCAAGGUUGAGUACAUGAGCACAGCACACACACACAGCUCAAAAGAUUUAUUACCUUGGACAACUUGGAGGCAGCACUCAAAUAUCAGAAGAGGCCAGAGCACUUUGAAAGAAGCAAGAGAGGAGCACAGAGAACUGUGAACAGAGAAGCUUCUGAAUUCUUGAGCCAUUGGACUGCAUCAAGAUGAUGAAAAAAGCCAAGGUUUUAGAUCCAACUGCUGCCGGGCAAGGCGGACUGGAAAUUCUACCUCUCAGAAGAAAAGGCAUCAAACGGAGAUCUAAGGUUCCCGGUGUUAUGAUUACACAGUACAUUGAGGAACUUCCUGAGGGGAUGACAACUCCAGACUUCACACGUAAACCCAUCGCUUUAACCAUUCAAGAAGGAAAACUAGCUGUUUUUAAAGCUAAAGUGAGUGGAAACCCAGCACCCACUGUGAGCUGGCGUAGAGCGAAAGGAGAAAUGAAUGAUCCCCAAAAGUUUCAGAACAAAUAUGACCCCACAACUAAUGAACACACUUUGGAGAUACCUAAAGUCAGUGGUGCUGAAGCUGACACUUACAAAUGCUAUGCCUCAAAUGAAUAUGGGAAAGCUGUUUGCCCUGUUGUCCUAAAUGUCAUUGAAGUCGGAUUCAAAAAGGAAAAAGAAUUGCAAAAGACUGAACCAGCAGGUGACCCAACAGAGUUUAGAAAGAUGCUCAGGAGAGGUGCUGGCAAAAAAGAGGAGAAAAAGGAAGGUGACAUUGACGACUCUGUAUGGGAACUGCUGCUGAGUGCUGACAAGAAAGACUAUGAGCGCAUUUGCAUCGAGUAUGGCAUCACUGAUUUCCGUGGCAUGCUGAAGAAACUGGUCGAGAUGAAGAGGGAAAGAGAAGAGGAGCAGGCACAGUUCAUCCAACAUCUUAGUAAUCUCAAACCCAUUGAGCUGAAGUCUGAGGAAGCAGCCACCUUUGAACUGGAAAUGGAGCUCAAAGACCCCAACAGCCGCAUUUUUCUGUAUAAGGACGGCGUCAUGAUUCCAUUCAGCAAAGAGACUGAAGGCGAAAUGAAGCACUGUCUAAAACAAGUUGGCAAGAAGUACAUCUUCACUGUUACAAGUCUCAAUCCAGAAGAUGCCGGAAUCUAUCAAGUGGAUGUUGAGGGUGUCAAUAUCUUUUCAACGGAUUUCAAGAUUCCCCCUGUGGACUUUGCCCUGAAGAUUAAGGAGGUGACGGCCCAAGAGAGAGAAGAUGCCAUGUUUGAGUGUGUUUUAUCACAACCCGUUAGUAAGAUUUCUUGGACCCUAAAAAACACACCUCUCUCCAACAACGAGAAAUAUGAGAUUACUUGUUCAGAAGACAAACUGAUCCACCGCCUAAGAAUUAUUGAUUGUAUGCCUUUGGAUGCUGGAAUCUAUACUGCUAUAGCCGGCAUUAAGUCUUGCAGUGCUUGGCUGAUUGUAGAAGCUGACAAAGAUCCUGCAACAAAGGGGAAGAAGAAACCCCGUAAAACCACUCAGGCAGGUGGUGGUGGUGAUGACUUGCUGAAGAUUGCUGCUGACCAGGCAGAGAAGAACAAGAAGGAGAUAGCAGAAGCUUUGGAGGCUGCUAAGAAACUCCAGGCUGAAAGAGAGGCAGCAGAAGCUGAAGCUAAAGCCAGAGCUGCAGCUGAAGCCGAAGCAGCAAAAGCAGCAGCACAGGCGGCAGCGGCUGCUGCGGCCGCAGCUGCUGCUAAGGCUGCACAGGAUGCUCUUGCCGCAGCUAAAGCCAAAGGUAAAUCUGAGGCUGACGCUAAAGCCGCAGCAGAAGCAGCUGCACGGGCUGCAGCAUUAAAAGCCAAAGCCAGUGCUGAGGAGGAAGCCAGGAAGCAGGCUGAGCUCAAGGCCUUAAGUGAAGGUCUGAGUGCUCAGCAAGCUGCUGCAGCAGGGGCUGCCGCAGCUGCUGCCUUGGCUGCACAGGCAGCUGCUGCAGCAGCAAGUCUUGGAAAGGCUGGAGCUGCAGGUGGAGUUGGAGGCGGUGCUGCAGCAGUGGUAGGAGCAGUAUGGGGUGCAGGAGCUACAGGUGCUGGAGAAGCUGGAGGGGCUGGAGGAGCCAGUGGGGCUGGAGGUGCUGGGAUAGCAGGAGGGGCUGGAGGAGUUGGUGGAGCAGGAGGGGCUGGAGGAGCUGGAGGAGCUGGAGGAGCCGGAGGGGUUGGAGGAGUUGGAGGAGUUGGAGUAGCCGGUGGGGCUGGAGGAGCAGGAGGAGCCGGUAAGGCUGGAGGAGCCGGAGGGGCCGGAGGGGCCGGAGGAGCCGGAGGAGCCGGAGGAGCCGGAGGGGCUGGAGGGGCUGGAGGGGCUGGAGGAGCCGGAGGGGCUGGAGGAGCUGAUGGAGCCGGAGGUGCCGGUGGAGCUGGAGGAGCUGGUGGAGCUGAUGGAGCUGGAGGUGCUGGUGGAGCUGAUGGAGCUGGAGGAGCUGGUGGAGCCGGAGGAGCUGAUGGAGCUGGAGGAGCUGGUGGGGAGGGAGGAGCUGGAGCUGCUGGUGGGGCCGGAGGAGCUGAUGGUUCUGGAGGAAGCGGAGGAGAGGGAGGAGAUGGAGGAGAUGGAGGAGACAAGAAGCGUCAAAGAGCAGGACCUCUUGUACCAGAGACUGUCGUAGGAAACUCAAACACACCCAGCACAGUUCCAGAUGUGAUCAUGGAGCAUUGUAAGCAGGAAGGGGAACCCGAGGGCCGUACUCGUGUAAGACAAGGCCCACUGAUACCAGACACAGUGACUGGUGGUGGUAACCCAUCAUAUAAAGAAACACCAGCAGGGUCUCGCAAACCAGCAAAGUCUGGAAAACCAUCACGUUCCAGUAAACCAUCUGGUUCCGGUAGCCCGUCAGGUUCCGGAAGCCCGUCAGGAUCUGAAAACCCUUCAGGUUCCGGAAGCCCGUCCGGGUCGGGUAGCGCUUCAGGUUCUGGUGGCGCUUCAGGUGGGGGGGACCCACCAGGCCCCGGAAAGCCACCAGGUCCUGGAGGGCCAUCAGAGGGCCCCACUGAAGUUACAGAGGAAGAAAAAGGAGCUGAAGAUGAAAAGGAUGAGUCAGCUAAAGCUGACAAGCGUUCAGGCCGUAAAAAACAAGACCCACAGGUUCCAGAGACAGUUGUUGAUCCCGGUGUUCACUUUUCUGCUGGGCUGGAAGACUGCAAAGCUAUUGUGGGAGAGGCAGCUGAACUGGUCUGCAAACUUAGCAGUGCUGACUGUAAAGGCGUCUGGUCCAAAGAUGGCAAUGAGAUUACUGCCGCCACUGAGGGUAUGACUAUUAGUAAAGAUGGAGCCGUUCACAAACUGAAAAUUGCCAAAGUAACUGAAGAAUUUGCUGGAAAAUAUCGAUUUGAGGCUGAUGGGCGUAAAACCGAAUGUGUGAUUGCUGUUGAAGAUCCACCCAGAUUCAGUGACAAGGAAAUCGAAGCAUUUGCCAAACCGACUGUGAUCAAACACAAUCAAAGAGCCACCUUCAAAAUUCCAUUUAUUGGCCGUGAGCCAUUCAAAGUCCAGUGGUACAAAGAUGGUGAAGAGCUCACACCAGACUCUCACUGCAAGAUUGAGAUUUUAGAAAAUGAAAGCCGUCUGCUUCUCUCCAAACUGCAGCGUAAAGACACCGGGGAAAUAAAAGUCAAAGUCAAAAAUGAGUUUGGCACAGCUGAAGCUAUUUCUAAUCUAGUUGUACUUGAUAAACCCACCCCCCCACUUGGACCACUGGAGAUCAUUGAAGCAUCUGCCAACUGCAUUGAGAUCAAGUGGAGACCACCAAAAGACAAUGGUGGUUGCCCUAUUAAACAUUACAUACUUGAGCGUAACCAAAUUGGACGCAACACAUGGAAAAAGAUAGGCCAGAUCUCAAGUGAAGCCCACUAUAAGGACAGCGAUGUUGACCAUGGCAGGAGAUACUGUUACCGUAUCAGAGCCGAGACUGAUGAGGGCAUCAGUGAACUGAUGGAGACUGAAGAUGUGCAGGCUGGCACUAAAGCAUAUCCUGGUCAGCCAUCUGCUCCCAAAAUAGCCAGUGCCUUCAAAGACUGCAUUAACCUGACAUGGACUCCUCCAACCAGCACUGGAGGAACUAAUAUUUUGGGCUAUAAUUUAGAGAAACGCAAGAAGGGCAGCAACUUGUGGGGCUUAGUCAAUCCACCAGAUCAGCCAAUCCAAGGAAAGAAAUACGCUGUAAAAGAUGUAGUUGAAGGAAUGGAGUAUGAGUUUCGUGUGUCCGCCAUCAACAUAUCUGGAGCUGGUGAACCAAGCAUCGCCUCAGAAUUUGUGUUUGCAAGAGAUCCCAAAAAACCCCCUGGUAAAGUCAUUGACCUUAGAGUGACUGACUCUAGCUACACUACCUUGUCCUUGUCUUGGACUAAACCAAAAGAAGAGCCUCGUGUUCAGGAUGAGGCCAAGGGAUACUUCGUUGAUGUUAGGCCUGCUGAGAACACAGAAUGGGAUCGAUGCAACACAAAUGCCAUCAUCAUGACCUCCUACACUGUAAAGGGAUUGAAAUCAAUGGCCAUGUAUUGGGUAAGAGUGAUCGCCGUCAAUGAAGGUGGAGAGGGUGAGCCGCGGGAGCUGGACAACUACAUCUUGGCUAUGCCUCCUCCAGUGAGACCGAGAUUCACCGAUUCUAAGAUUAAGAGCUUCAUGGUGGUCAGAGCUGGAAAUUCUGCACGAUUUAACAUCAACUUUGAGGCUUCCCCAUGGCCUGAUGUCAUCUGGCUUAAAGAUGGUGUUCCUGUGUCCAAACGUGUCACUAUUAGCAAUGCUGAGGGAGGCUCUCAGAUCCUGAUCCCAUCUGCAGAUCGUUCCGAUACAGGAAUCUAUACCAUCAUAGUCAAGAACGUUGUGGGACAAGAGACCUUUAGUAUUGAGAUGAGAGUUACAGAUGAGCCAAAGCCCCCAGGCCCCACAGAGUUGGAUGAGAACGUUCCGGGCACGGUGACAGUUUCCUGGGAACCAUCCCCAGAUGAGAAACGCGAUGAUCGCCUGCAUUACAUGGUGACCAAGAGAGACUCCAGCAAGAGGACCUGGCACACUGUAGCAGACCGUAUCUUCAACAACCGUUUCACAGCCUGUAACAUCAUGCCAGGGAGAGAAUACCAGUUCCGUGUGUACUCCAAAAAUGACAUUGGCCUGUCUGACCCUUCAGAGACACCAAAAUGGCUAAUCACACGCAAGAAAGAAAAAUUCACACUUAACCUCCCUGAGUCCAAGACUUGCAACUUGGAGAAUCCACCAAGGUUCAUGGUCCCCUUGAAAAUCCACACAGCCCCACAAGGCUACGAGUGCUACAUGAGCUGUGCCGUGAGGGGCAACCCCACUCCCCAUGUCACCUGGUACCGCAACAACGUCAGCAUCAACACUGACACCAACUACUACAUCACUAACACCUGUGGAGUGUGCUCCAUGCUCAUUCUCAGGGUUGGAGCCAAAGACAUGGGCGAGUAUAAAGUCAUAGCUGAGAACUCGCUGGGAAGAGCAGAGUGCACCACCAAUCUCACAGUGAGAGAAUAAAACCUUGAUGAGGAGAGGAUGUCAACACAUACCGCUUGCAAAUCACUGUUGUUUUUUGGAUUUUAGGCCUUUGUACAACUACAGCAUUGAGUAUUUUUGCAGAAACAUAGCUCAUGGAAAUGCUAUACACUGUGUGGCCUUAUGAUACAGAAACGGUAGAAUCAAAUGCAUGUGAUAAACUACAUAUCGUCUUACUGUGUUCAACAGCAUAAAAACCUGAAAACAUAAAGAAAAAACUUGGUGUUGUGCUGCUUGGGUGGCUAAUGCUUAAUACGCCAUGCUUACCUAAUCCUGUUUGGCAAUGAUUUUACUUCAGUUUAGUUCAGGUUUGGGGGGUUUUAUUGUUCUUGUACGCAAUUUAAUUUAUUAAUUUAUUUAUUCUUGGCUUUUGUGUAUGUAUCCUGCUCUUUCACACUUUAACAAAUUCAAUUACACUACAGUAAAAAAAGGAAAAGUGUAAAGUGCUGAUUUCUCGCAUCCAUUUUUUCUUUUGGCUUGUCUGGAAAUGAAAAGCGUAAAAGAAGCUUUUGCUUCUUCAGAUAUGCUUUAUCAACAAAAAAGGUUUGGUGUAAAUAAAAUAUUCAGGUUCUUUGAACAGCG